AAUUAUUAACUAAAUAAAAAUUUAAAUUAAAAAAAAGACUUGAAUCUAGUUACAGCUAAUAUAACGCGAAUUAUCUGGCAAUAGUGUCCAUGAUAGGUCUUUCCGGUCUAGAUUCGCCACGAUGAGGGCUAAAGGCGAGCUACAAGAGUACAAAGUUGUAGGCAGAGGUCUGCCAUCUGAUAAGAACAGGACUCCUGCUCUUUAUCAGAUGCGUAUUUUUGCCCCAGACAAAGCAGUAGCCAAGAGUAGAUUUUGGUAUUUCUUGAGUCAGUUGAGGAAGCUAAAGAAGGCAACUGGAGAAAUUGUUGGUUGCAGCCGUGUGAUGGAAAAGAAGCCAUUGAAAAUAAAAAAUUUUGGUAUCUGGUUGCGUUAUGAUUCACGUAGUGGCACCCACAACAUGUACAGGGAAUACCGGGAUUUGACUUGUGGCAAAGCUGUAACACAGUGCUACCGUGACAUGGGUGCUCGCCACAGGGCAAGAGCUCACUCAAUUCAUAUUAUCAAGGUAGAAGAGAUAGCUGCUAGUAAAUGCAGGAGACCCAACACAAUACAGUUUCAUGAUAACAAAAUCAAGUUUCCCUUGACUCACAGAGUACACAGGAAACUUCAUGCCCCUCGCUUCACUGCAACCAGACCACACACAACAUUUUAAGUGACGUUUCUGAAAUAAAGUGCAGUGUUUUAAUUUA